CUCUAGACAUUGUGAUCUUUACCAUCCUUGUGUACGUGUAUGUACAUGUCAGUGACAAAAAAUGUUGAAAAUCAAGCUGGGAUCUCUCAAGAAAGCAUGCAAGCCACGGUCUCUCUUCAUUAGAGCUAAGAAUUGUGACGUUCACUUGUAUGCAGUUACUUUCUGGGCAUGUCUCAGCUUUAUUGGAUUGGGUGCAGCUCUGCUGGUGUUUGGCCCCACUUUACUGGACUUUGCUGAUCAUUUGGGAGUGGGGAUUGAUGUACUGGUAAUCAUGUUCACAUGUCGGGCCAUAGGGGGUGCAGUCGGCAGUGUGGUGACGGGUAUCGUCAUGGACAAGUUAGAGCAGUACUCUUUCACUAUCCUGUGUGUGAUCUACGUUUGCUGCAUUGCUACCACAGUGGCCAUUCCUUUCUCAGUCCACAUUGCCAUGCUGGGUGUCAUCAUGGCACUCAAUGGUGUCGCCAUGGGAUCCAUUGAUAACGGUACCCAUGCGGUUCUGAUCAAGCUAUGGAGAGACAAGGCUGGACCGUGCAUGCAGGUACUCCACUUCUGUUUUGCGUUUGGAGCUUUUAUUGCCCCUCUUGUUGCCAAAACUUUUGUGACUGAACAAAGUGAAGACCUUCUUGCCGUAAAUGCAACUGAUUAUAAUGUGUCAUUUUCUUGUGAGGAUACUUUGAAUGGUACACUUUCCAGCGAUAAAACUAUUGAUCUGUUAAUGCUGGAUGAAAUUAAGGUGAAUGAUAUCUCUAGCUGCAUGGACAAAAUCCACAGUACAUGCCAAAAUUUAACAGCUUCCUCUGUGAUAACGGUAUCUAACAACUGCACACUAAUUUAUGGAGAUGAUGGUUUUACUUCGAAUUUUGCUUGGGCUUAUUGGAUUGCAAGUACUUUGUUUGUGCCUUCCCUGAUCGCAUUCAUUUACUUUGCUAUUUCUAAAGAGUUCAGUAAGAAAUGCAGCAAACGAAAUGAAGUCGAGAUCUCAGAAGAGGACGAAGAGGCCAAGAAAAAUAAGAGCAAUACAUCGAGCAAGCAAGCUGCUUGGUUCCUCAUCAUUAUGUUCACACUAUUGUUCAUCUUUAUGUUUCUAUACGUGGGACUUGAGGUGGCUUAUGGCAGUCUCAUCUUCACUGUAGCUGUUAAAGGAGAGCUGGGCUUCUCUAAAUCCGAUGCUGCUGUUCUGACUGCACUAUUCUGGGGAACGUUCGCCUUCGCUCGUCUGUUUUCGGUCCUACUAGCGGUGCUCAAAGUUCGAUCUUCAGUGAUGAUCGCUUGCAAUCUAAGUGGCAGUUUCCUUGCCUCUCUGAUAUUGGUAUUCUAUCCGCAUGAUCCCAUUGCAGUUUGGAUAGGGUCUGGCGUGUUAGGGGCCAGUUAUGCUUCAAUCUACCCGACCACUAUGACAUGGAUGAGUGAGAAUACUGAAGCGUCAGGCAAGGCCACCUCAGUACUAGUUGCAGCUGGUACUCUCGGCGACAUCUCAAUACCAUCAAUUGUAGGUGUUGUCAUAGCAAAAGUUUCCAAAGACUCACUACUGUACAUCACAUUCGGAGGGAUUCUAAUUUCAGUCCUGGUAGUUGCCGUUUUGUUCCUAGUAACAUGCUUGUAUAAUCGAUCAAGAAGAAAGGGUGUAACAACUAAUACAGUAGUUAAGUACGAGAAACUGAAUGAAGAAACUAAAGACUGUAAUUUGUCGGAAAACUGUAAUGAUUCUAAUGUUGAUGUAGACUCCUCAACAGCAGAACAAACCUUAAUAUCUGCCUCUGAGAAUUAGUUGUACAUAACUGUUGAGUAUAUAUAAUUAUUACCUUUUUUUACGAUGUUAUGUGUUAUUAUUUUCAAUUAAUAAUUAUAGUAAAUAACACCCAACAUAAUAGACGUCUAUACAGUCAUGUACAUGUAUAGAAAGGUACCAUAUGGC